AUGAAGCUCUGCGACCACGAGUAUUUGGGCCUCUUGAGGCGAGCGGAGCCGUGGGGAGCCCGUUUCAGCAAGGCCGAGUGCCAGGCGCACCACCAGCAGCUGGGCGCCUGCGGAUCGCGCGCCAAGUACCGCGAGGGGCGGCGGCCCAGGGCCGUCAAGGUGUAUACCAUCAACUUGGAAUCUCGUUAUUUACUGAUCCAGGGCGUUCCUGCGUUAGGUGUCAUGAAGGAAUUAGUGGAGCAGUUUGCCUUGUACGGUGCCAUAGAAGAGUACCACGCCCUAGAUGAAUAUCCCGCGGAGCAAUUCACUGAAGUUUAUCUUAUAAAAUUCCAGAAUCUGCAAUGUGCGAGGGUGGCCAAGAAAAAAAUGGAUGAACGCAGUUUCUUUGGGAGUUUGCUGCACGUGUGCUAUGCUCCAGAAUUUGAAACAGUCCAAGAAACUAGGGAGAAGCUGCAGGACAGAAGGAAGUAUAUAGCAAAAGCAACAAAUCAAAGAGAUUGCUUUCUGUUGAAGAAAACAGAGGGGCCUAGGAAGACCAAGCCUGACUGUCAGUGGAGCACAUCAGGAUCAUAUGCAGCUAGUCACUGGGAUCCAUCCUGCUUUCCAGAUUCUCAUGGGGUGUCCCAAAACAUGGAAUAUCCUUCUAGCAAUCACAGUCAGGGCCUAUUGACUUUUCCCCAGUGUGACAACCACAGUGCUGAAAUCUCUGGGAACUUUGGUCAAAGCACAGCCCUAUCUCUGAAGACACAUCCAGGAGGAUGUGCUUCACCAGUGCCUUUAAUUCAGCAAAGAACAGUUCCAGCUGAUAAUGGAACUGACAGGUUUAUGCCUCGUACAACUCACCUGCAGGAACGUAAGAGGAAGAGAGGAGAGGGUAACAAAUCUGCUCUCACUGAAACAAAUGUGGACAAUACUGACAUUAUUGGUCCACAGCUACCAGAAAUACCUAAAGUGGAUAUGGAUGAUGAUUCACUGAAUACUUCAGCUACAUUGAUUCGAAAUAAAUUGAAAGAGGUAGCAGAGUCUGUUUCGAGUACAUCUGUGGAAAAGCCAGGCACUAGUGCCACCAAGCCACUAGUAAAGCAGAGAAGAAGAAUAUAGAUACUGCUGGCAGCAUCCUUCUACAGUUCUUUAUAGAGGAUAUAAUUAAAAUACUUAAUUUUGUUUUUUAAAUUAAAAAAGAAGUGUUUUAUAUUGCAUUUUCAAGCAAUUCCUUGUUAAAAAUAGUACCAGUAUAAAAACUAAACCAGCAUAAUACUGUAGCAACCUUGUCCUGUGCAUUUAAAGAACUGCAAUUAAGUAAAGUAAUAAAAGCAAAUUCUAUUUAUUCCAUAGCUUUUACAAUAAAGGAAUAUUAAAACUUAA